AUGCCAAAGGAACUCUCUUCAACUCCCUUCUCAUCAACACCCAUGACCUCUUCCGCAACAGCAGCAGCAGUUGUUCGUGGUGGAGGAAAACCGUUGGGUGUUUUUGAGUUUAGGCCAUACCAGUUGAACAAUCCAACUCCCUACUCCAACAAGAACCAUCACCACCAUCACCACCAUCACCAUCACCACAACAACACUGGUGCCACUCCUUCCCUCUCUCGUUCUUCUGCUGUUGCGCAACAUGGUCAUGGUUGUAGCGAUCUUGUUGGCAAUGGUGUUGUAGGCACGAUCAUGCAUUCUGCUUCCACCGUUGGAACAAUCGCCCAAACUAUGGCUAUGAAUCAUGUUGCUGCUGCUGUUGGUGGUGAUGAUGGAAACACUCCAACCUCGACGUCGAGUACCACCAGCACCACCACUUCCACUCUCAACAAAUCUGCAUCCCCAAAAAGCAUUGAUACGAACAGUGCAAAACCAUCCUCACCACCUGAUGCUGCCGUUGUUGUUGUUGUUGUAAAUAACUCCAAGCCUACCGAAACACAAGCCUUUUCGUCAUCAUCACCAACCCCAACAACAACAAUAAUGGAUGGUGCGAUGACAGAAUCAUCCUCACUCGUGAACCACAACAAGAUGAAUCACUUGAUGAUGACGACAAGAGAUCGCGUAACUUCCUCCUCAAACUCCACUCAGACUCCAGCCAGUACUCCUAUUCACAACAAUAGCAACUGCUCUCCUCUUAGCAGCCACAAACACAAACAGCAUCACGCAAGAAUCCUCAAAAGAUCUUGUACCACCUCUUCCUCUCCGAAGCUUUCUAACGGCACCAUUGCCACCACCUCCUCUUCCUCCAAAUAUCCUCUAGGUUUUAACGAUGGUGUUUUUAAUAACCUUUCAUCAUCCUUAACGACUACUUUUACGACAGGUCUCUAUGGAGUGCAACCGCAAGAUGAAAACAGACCAGUCUUUUAUAACAACAACAAUAACAACAACUUUAUGAUGGAGAAGAAGUCUCUUCCAUCCACCGCCACCGCUGGUGAUGCCUCCAUAAAGUCUCCUCAGCCCAAACUUCCUUUUGGAACGCUUUCCCUGAUGAAUUAA